AUGAUGAAAUCAAUGGUUUCGUUAGGAUUGUGCUGUAUCCUAUUCUCAAUCAUCACCACUACAUACGGUCAACCUCCGUUCCCGACUUUUCCUCGGUUUGGUCCUCCACCCAGGAUUAUAAGAGGAUUUCCUGGUCCUCCGGGGUUCGGUAGAAUCGGAUUUAGACCGCCUUUGGGCAGGCCAGCAUUCAUUGGAGGGGAUAUUUUUGGCCCACCGCUGGUAGGUAGGCCAGGGAUCGGAGGUGGCCCAAUUUUCACCCAACCAGGCAAUGCCAUAUUUAAUGGAAAUCCAUUUGUCCCGCCGUUUUCACCUGUAAAUGUUGUGAAUAAUGGUUUGCCAGGAAAUGUGGGAUUUCCGACAAACACGGUUGUUCAAGGAAAUUCAGUAGCAAACACAGGAAUAGCGCCAAAUUUUGGAAUCGGUACCGCAAACACUGGAAAUAUAGGUACGGCUGGCAACACAAUUGGGAACAACGUAUUCGGAACACCAAACACUGGACCCAACACAGUAAUCACACAGGGGCCACCAGCAACGGGCACUGGUGUUCCGGUUAAUGUAAACACCGGCUUCCCUACUAAUUUAAACACUGCCUUCCCUGCACCUGUUAACACUGGCUUUCCUGCAACCCUAAAUACAGGUUUUCCAGCACCCUUACCGAACACAGGUUUUCCUGCACCUGGUUUGAAUAGCGGAUUUUUUGCUUCGGUAAAUACCGCUAUUCCAGGAACUUUACCAAGCACAGGUGCCGCGGUUCCAGGGUCCACAAAUGUUUUCGGCGGAACUAACACUCUAACCGGAGCCGGGGUUCCGAGUGGAACUGGAACAUUGACAAAUCAAUUUUUGUUGAAUAACGGAGUUCCUGCUUUGGCUCAAGUAAACAGUUUAGGAACACAGGUGACCAGCAAUGUACAAACAGAUGGAACUCAGGAUAAUAUGGUCCUGGCUGCCGGAAACUCAUUCGCCAAUCGAUUUACCGUCACAGGUGAAGGUGCUUCGCAGACUGGAACCUUCGGUGGUGAAACUGGUGGCGGUACCUUCCAGGACCCAACAUCCGGCCAGACCAUUUCAGGAAACACAUUAUUGAAUACCGGUUUGGAUAAUGCUGUUCCGGCUGUUGAUACUUCAGGAGCAGGCGCAGGGACAGGUGCAACAAGCUCUGGGAUCCAGGGAACCGAACUUCCUUCAGAAGUGGCCGUAAUUGGAACAAUCGGCACGACGGAUGCGGGAACUGUUGAUCCAAACGCUCUCCCAACAACAGCUGUAGGAUCAAAAUGCCAAGCAACUGGAUGUUCAGCCGACCAGCAAUGUGUGUUUGCUGGGGAGUACCCCUGCGCCAUGUACCUAGAAUCACUUGAGUGUCGCUGUCAGGCAGGUUGCCGUGUGAUGAACUUCUUUAUUCCCGAGGGUCAGUCCCGGCAGGUCGACAGCUGUGGUAACGUUUGUUCGUGUGACCAGACAGGAGAGAACAAGGGAACGGCGCGGUGUACGACGAUCAACUGUCCACAGCAGUAG